AUGGAUGGUAGUCGAAAAUACGAGCCACAUAUUGAAGUCCCAGACUUAAGCACCUGCUGGCACAGGUUGCUGGAGUUUCCUGGCAGCGUGCGUUGUGAGAUUCAGGUUUCGGUUCUCCACCAUUUUUUUGAAUCCAUAGCCAGAUAUUUACAACAGGAAAAGCUUCUAGCUACCUGCCGUGCAUUUAUUUUGGAAAGCUCAGAUUUGAAAGAAUAUGCAGAGCAUUGUACAGAGGAUGGGUUUAUUCCAGCCUGCUUGCUGUCCCUGUGUGGAAAAAACUUGACAACUAUUCUUAAUGAAUACGUAGCCAUGAAAACAAAAGAAACAACAAAUGAAGUUCCGGCAAUGAUGUCAUCUCUCUGGAAAAAAUUAGACUAUACACUUUCUCAGAUCAGGAGCAUGCAGAAUUCCACAGGAUUUUCUGCUAAUCAAAGGACACGUACAAGAAGUGGAAUUGUAGAAAUGAAAAGACAGAGAAUGCUUCAGCAAUCAGCUCCUGCAAACUCAGGAUUGUUGUCCGUAGCCUAUCAGUCAGGGCCACAGAAUUCCUCUUCCCUUGUAUCUCCUCAAGUUAUUCACAGGCCAACAAUAAAUCAAAGCAUGUCACAGACAAGACUGAAUACGUUGUUUGUGCACCAGUCACAAACUCAGGAAAACAAGAUCAGCAGAACUGCAGGAGAUUUCAUACAUGUUCAAGUUCCAGCAUCACAAGAACGAAAGCUUCAUUCAAACUUGCUUUCUCCAGGAAGACGAAAAAGUGACUCUCAGAAGAGGAGGAGUGUUGCAACAUCUGGACCUCUUUCAGCAACUAGAAGUUCUCAAGAUCCUGAUGAAGUAAUAAUAGAAAAGCAACUGGUUAUUGAAAAUGCCAGAGAAAAAAUCUUGAGCAACAAAUCUCUUCAGGAGAAGCUUGCUGAGAACAUUAACAAAAUCCUGGGCAGUGAUGGCAAUGUUGCUCAGGUGCCUAAGCAGACAGACAGUGGUCCCAUGGAACAGGAGACUUCAAUUGAUGAAAUCCUCGGACUUCAGGGUGAAAUUCAUAUGUCAGAAGAGGCUAUACAGGACAUUCUAGAACAGACAGAAUCAGAUCCAGCUUUUCAGGCACUCUUUGACUUGUUUGAUUAUGGAAAGAGCAAGGUAAACAAGAACUUACCUGCUGGUAUUUCUGGUCAGAGUGGAGUAGAAAAUACAAUCCUGGUGGAUGAGGACAACCUGGAAACACUUGAAAGUUCUUUAGGAACAGAAGAUACUAGUAGAUGUGAUAAUUCUAGAGAAUCGCUAUCCUGUAAAGGUUUUCAGUCAGGAGAAGCAUCAUGUGCCUUGAAGACCAGCAUUAAUGAUGAUGAUAUGGCUAAGAAAAAUACAACCAAUGAACAGUUGCCUGGACAUUGUAGACCAGGGAAGCAGGCUGAAGUGCUCAAAACCAUUACGCCUGAACCCAUUGGGGAGCUUGAGAUUGCUUUUGACUCUGUGCCUGGUUUAACUGAACCUAACAAGAGACAGAGUUCUGAUACCGAAUGUAAUGAACACUGUGGAGAUUCUUAUGAUAAAAAAGAAUCGUCUGCAUUAGCAUCUGAAAGUGAAAGAGCUAUGGAAAUUGAAAAAGGGCCACUAAGUCAUAGCGGUCAACGUAGUCCUAAUUUAGAAUAUGUUCAUUCUGGUAGUCCACAGAUUUCUUUGAUUUCAGUGGCCCAAGGUGGUACAGCCAGUGAAAAUAAAACACAUUCUGGAAGUAAAUGUCACUUAUCACCAGAUACAUUACUAUCUGAAAAAACAGGUACUGAAAGCCCUUCUGGUGGGAGCCCUGGCCACAGUGUACAGCUGAGAAAAAACAAUUCAUCAUUGAGCCCAUCAGCAGAUGCAGCAAAAGAACAGGCUGUAACAAACGAUCCAGCUGCCUUACCUGGCGUUUUACCGGAGGACUCUAGGCACCUCUCUAACCAUCAGGAACAGAGCACGCCGUCAGACUCUGCUGCAGGAUCUGCAGUGAAGAUUUCGGAUCUCGACAAAACAGAGUUGCAGCUGGAAGUUGUUGAUACUUCUAACACAACUUACUCAAAUCAUCAGCAUACACUUGAUAAGCCUUGUAAGAAAGAUCUUAACCUCCCUUCAGGACUGUCAAACUCAGAGGGAACACAAAGGGAAAUGCAAGAACCUUCAUCUUCUACAAAAGUAGAUGCUGAUAAUAUGUAUUUCUCUUCUGGUGGUGAUGCAUGUACAGAAAUUUCUGUGGUAUCCACUGAGAAUAAUCUUACUACAUCUGAAAUAUGCCACUCUCCUCUGCCGGAAACUGCAUCCUCAGCAGAUGAGUCGGGUACUGGGGCCAAAAGUAUAAGCGGUGUAUCGUCUAGUAGUCAGCCAAUGGAUGUUGAUCCUUCCAAUAUAAUGUCCCUCAAGAUCAUCAUCAGCGAUGAUCCAUUUAUUUCAUCAGACACGGAGUUAAAUAACGCAGUUUCCAGCAUCACAGGAGAAAAUUUGCCAACUAUAAUAUUGUCUUCUCCAGCCAAAUCCCCAACCAAGACUGCAGGCCUGUCCCAAUGUCUAACUUCAGAAGACGCAGAAAAAAAUGUGGAUUCAGCUUUGGCAGAGCAGAAUCUUCUUGUGCUUAGACCUAAGGAUCCAGUGGUCACCUCCGUUACCACUCCGAAUGAAGACUGCGCUGUUUUUUCGGUUGCAGGUACAACUAAUCUUUCCAAGGAAGGGGGAUUUAUACAGUUGAUGCCAGCAACCAGCACAGCUUUUGGGAAUUCAAACAACCUUUACAUAGCCACCUGUGUCACUGAUCCAGCUACCUUGGGCACAGCUGUAACACCAUCAAACGUAGUUGUUUUGCCCGGCAGUUCCAUGCCGCUCGCUGCCCAGGCUCCAGCUGUACAACAGUUACGGACUCCGCCAAGAUCCAGCAAUACGUUUGCAGCAAACCAGACUGUCUCCCCAAACUUCCCACAAGGUUCUGCCAUUAUAAUUGCAUCUCCGGUGCAACCUGUUUUGCAAGGGAUGGUGGGAAUGAUACCUCUCUCAGUAGUAGGACAAAAUGGAAAUACGUUCUCAGCACCUGCCCGCCAGGUUCUGCAUAUGCCUGUGGCUAAUCCAGUGUGCAACAGAAGUGUCCCAAAACUUCCCAUCCCUCCCAAAUCACAAAAGAUUCCUGGAGCAAGAAACAAGACUAAUACAGGAAAACUGGUACCAAGUGCAGCUGAGCCUUUGAACCACACAAAUUCUCGAACACAAAGGGCUGGAAAUUCAGACAAGCUUAUCACUGCAGAACUAGGGCGGAAAGUGGAGGAGAGCUUACCUGUUGCACCAGUAGACAGCACAAGCUCAAACUCAAGACAGACUGAAAGUCACAGGAGAGUGCUUUGCUUUGAUAACAUCCCACCUGCUCCGGGAGGAAACGCCCAAAUUCAAACUACUAAGAGUUUAUCCCAAAAAGAAAGAAACGAAAAUACUUUAUUUGCUGUUGACUCUGCGUCAUCCUCUGCAAAGGCACAGGUAGCAAAGAGGGAGAAAGAGAAAACGCUGCCUAGAAUUCUGUGUAAGCCAGAAGUUGGUAGCAACAGAAGCGCAUCUGUGAAGGAGCCCCAGCCAGAGCGGAAGGCAGCGGCUGCAGGGCUUCCGUUGGAUCCCUUCCACAAGACCACAGCAAAUAAAGAAAAUGAGUUACGAAGGGAUAGUGAUGAAAAACAGAAGAACCAGGACACUGCCAAACUCUCAAACGGCCAACAAAGUGUUAGCUUGUGGAAUGAGAAGACAGUUGGUUCGGUGCAAGAGCUGAGCAGAAAGCAAGGGUCACUGUCGAAUGGGAACGGCAAACCUUCAGCGUCCGUUGCCUUGUCGUCCAAGGAGCCAAAGCGAGAGCCGACUAAGGCUUCCAGCCAAGGCCUUUGCCUCUCAAGUCCCUUCACUAAACAAUGCGUGGAAAUGUUGCAAGACAUUCAAUGGCACAGCCCGGCUAGUAAAACAGCUGAGAACGGAGAAUUGCCAGUACCCCGCACACCGUCUGGCGUUGGGGACAGGCACACAGACGAUACUACGGAUAGCGUGCGGACACCGACCUGUCGGCGCUUCAAUGAGGACAGCACGACCCCUAGGAUAAUGGUACCCCCCGCUACACCAGACUUGCCUGCCUGCAGCCCGGCUAGUGAAACGGGCAGCGAGAACAGCGUCAGCAUGGCUGCUCACACGCUGAUGAUACUGUCGCGGGCGGCUAUAGCAAGGACUAGCACUGCAACCCCCCUGAAGGACAAUACGCAACAGUUCAGAUCCUUAAGGAGCACAGUAAAGAAGAGGAAGCUGGAGGACUUGAAUGAGGGCGAGAGAAAUUCUCGUUCUGCAAACAGAAGAGACCUUCAAAGCUCUCCAACACCAUCAAAAAAGAAGAAAAUAAAGUUGUAUGUUUCCCAUUACACCACGGUGUCUGUGUUCUGCUGCAUUCUCUCCUUACUCCUCGGAGCCGCUGGGCCAAUCUGUGAAAAGGCGGUGAAUCUGGAGGCGGCGUUUGGAGCGCACCGCUCGGAGCCACGUCCCAUUGCCUUGCUGAAUCCAGAAGGGACUUAA